AUGCGUGGACGAUGGAAGGCUGGCCGGCCGUGCGCGACUGGGAAGUCGCCGUCGCGGCCACCCUCUCCCUUCUCCGCAAUCCGCAAAUGCGGCAAGAACGACCCGUCGUCUCCACUAACAGCCCGCUACUGCUACUCGGCUCUGCACCGCCUCAAUAUCUCGUCUUCCGUACACAUCCUACGAUGCUGUACAAACGCUCCAUUUGCCGGGCUGCCGUCCACUGCCUCACAGUGCAUCGCCAUGCCAAAUCCAUCUCGGCAAACUCUGGUUCCCCCGUCGUUGCUGUUCGCCCACCUGCGAAACCCGCAACAUGCCAUAUUUGGACUCGUCGUUAAAGCGCGUGCCCCUGCAUCACUGGCUCCUUUGCAAUGA